AGUUGCACAACUAUCAGAAGAAUACGUUGACAACUCUAAGCUGACGACUGAAUAUUAAUUACCCAAAGGCAAAGAGGCCCACCCAACCUCAACUCCUUAACAAUACCGCGUAGGUAUAUGAAUACAACUAACCAAACAACAACUGCGAGGACGCUAGUUAUUCAUAAGGUGUAUAUAAAGAUAAAUGCUUCUCACCAUUGCGUUUCACCAUCUGAGCUCACCGAUUCACGCCCUUUUAUAUACCAUUUGCCGUUCCAGUCAAGUAUAAGCGACUCAGCAAGACGCAGACCCACCGAGAUGAUGACGACAGCAGGAAGACGCUACGCAGCGAGAAUAUCAGUUAGAUGCGCCCUCCGGACUACAAGCCGCCGGUCUCCGGUUCCGGGAAGUAUUUUACAGUCCGGGCCCACGACUUCUCAGAGACGAUUUAUAUUUUCCAACCCUAGGAAGUCUUCACGUAUAUCUCAAAUUAGGGAGUUUUCUAAUCUCCGAGAAGACGACCCGGCAGGCAUAAAUACAACCCUAUCAAGCAGCAAUCGGCAAAAACUGCAGAGUGACAUGGCACAAAACACAAACACUCACCACAUCGUUGUCGCUCUGGAAGCUUCAAUCGUCCCAGUUCCGCUGCUGGACCUCCCCGCACCGCAUACAUACGAGCUCCGGGAAUACGGAAGAACCCGCCCUGAGGAGGUGGCCGAGAGGGUAAAAGAUGCCGACAUUGUCAUCCUAACUAUUGUUCAGAUCAAGGCCGACAUCCUGCGGCCCGAGAUGACCCCUCGCCUGAAAAUGGUAGCCGUGGUAGCAUCCGGGACCGACUGCGUGGACCUAGCAGCCUGCAGGGCCCGGGGGAUCGUCGUGGGCAACACGCCGCAUUGCAACACCGUUUCCGUCGUCGAGCACGUCGUUAUGCUGUACUUCGCUACGCGGAGAUCAGUAGCGCUUUUGCACACGAUGGUCCAGUCGGGCGAAUGGAGAAAGGGGAUGUUGCAUAGCACCCUCAAUGGACCAGAUGGCAGAGCGCCAAGGACCUGUCGGGACGAAACCCUUGGGAUCAUUGGCUAUGGUGCCGUGGGAAAGGCGCUCGAGUCUACUGCUAAAGGGCUAGGUAUGAAGAUCCUAAUAUCUGGACGCAAAGGUGCCUCGACAGCGCCAGAGGGCCGCACUCCAUUCGAUACGCUGAUCCGCGAGAGUUCGGUUAUUGCGUUAUGUCUGCCGCGGUCUCCAGAGACGAUGAACCUAAUUUCCAACGCCGAGCUGGACGCUAUGAAGCCCUAUGCGGUUAUAGUCAACGUUUCUCGAGGGGGUAUCGUGGAUGAGAAGGCACUCGUAGCAGCCCUGAGGUCGAGAAAAAUCGCAGGUUACGGUACAGAUGUCUAUGAACAGGAACCUGCAAACCCUGACAAUAGCCCUCUAUUAGGACCUGAUGUGGCUGGCCUUAACAUAGUUACUACGCCGCACGUUGCCUGGUGCGCGGGUGACACUAUUGCAAAUUAUAAUAGGGCGACAAAGGAAAAUAUUGUUGGAUGGCUGACUACUGGGCGGCCAAAGUAUUCGGUGGUGUAAGAAGUUGGAUUAUUAGAUAUAUACACAUUUAGGCUACCAUAUUGCAUUGCAUUAUAAACACCAAGAAUACAUAGGUAGGUAAAUAUAUAGGUAGAUGGUAUACAUAUAUUAGGUACUUAUUAUAUUGAUGCAAACGAUGGGUUGCC